AUGGCGCCGCGUUGGGACAAAGAGAAGGUCGCCAUGCCUGUACCCCCGGCUCCUGUGGCCCAGACACCGCUUCUGCCGGAGCCGUCGCCUGCGGAGCUGCGCGAGCGUUUGGAACCCGAGCUCGUUGCCGCUGGCCUCUCCUGGGACGAGGUAGACGAGCACCUCUGGUCAGAGCUGCGCUCUGUUGGAGAGCUUCGGCGAGCCGCAGCAUACCCCCACACCUUCCCUCGACGCUUGGCUGCUUUGUGCGCUCCGCUGGGACGUCGAAUGGCUGCUGCCGAGGUGCGGAGCUUCCUCGAGCCUGAGUUAGCCAAGCACUCCAUCAGCUGGGAGGACUUCGUUGGUGGUGCACAGCCGCCACUGGAUGACAUCAGCCCCGCGGACCUCGAAGGCUGUCCACGGCAGCCAGACGUCCUCGCUCGGCGGGUCGCCGCGGCUCUGCGGCCUCACGAACCCGCAGAGGCUCCACAGCCAAGCCUGAGCCUGGUGGAUCCACAAGAGGCCCCCUACGUAGCCUCGAGCUUGCCUCCUGCGGAGCCUGCACCGGUGCUGGACAUUGGCGAACGAGACGUCGAUCGACAAGGACCUCAAGACUUGCCGGACAAAGCGCCGGCGAACAGGAUCAGUUCCAAAGAAGGACUGCCAAGUGAGGAGGCGCAAAGGUCAAAAAAGGAUAAGCGGCGGGACAAAAAGGACAAGAAGGACAAAAAGGGCAAAGGCGAAGAUGGCUGUCCGGGCUCGGGAGAAAUGCCGCUCGGGCUCAAGUACAACACUCUCUCCAGGAGUAGCCCAUGCAUCGUGGCUGCGCACAAUCUCCGCGAUUGGAGUCUGAAUCGUCGGCGCUUGGUUCCUGAGCAGACCGCCAGCUCACCGGACUUCUCACACCUGGACCGCAUUGACCUCAUCGGAGGAAAUGGCAGGUGGCGCCAGAUACGCGCAGAAGAGGAGUUUGCACGGCGAGCAGUAGAAGAAGAGAAGCGUCUCCGAGCGCAGCAGGAGGAAGAGGAGAAGAGGCGCCAGCGGAAGCUCGCCCUUCAGGCGAAGCGACGCCGUCUCCAGGAAGAGGAAGAGAGGAGACGGAAAGAAGAGCGUGAACGCCAACAUCAAGAGACGGUCCGGAUCGAGGAGCUAAAAAGGAUCGAGGAGGAGCGUGAGAGGCAUCGCAAAGAGCAGGAGGAGAAGGAUUGGCUGGCCAGGCAGCCCAAACCAUGCCAGGUUUGCUCAGGCACCGGGAAAUGCAUACAAUGCGUGGGCAUCGGCCACAAUCCGGUGCUGUACCUGGCGGCUAAUGUGAACGGGAAAAACACGAAGGGAGACUAUGGCAGGCGACUACAAGGCUGUGAUGGCUGCUUCGGAUUCAAGCAGAACAUGAUGGCUGAUCUGAAAAAGGGCACUGGUCGUUGUCCAAGCUGCGAUGGCUGGGGCAAGAUCAGACCAGACAUAGACCUUACCUCGCCGACCGGCCGAACGAAAAGGAACAGCGUCUGUGCUGCGCCAACCGGCUUUUUCUCUAUCGGCUGA